CAGCUGAUACGGAAACGGCCAAUGACAGUCAUCGUAUCGAUAAAACGUGAAACCGCUGCCGCCGCCGCGUAGUCGCACGUCCUGCGCCGUUCCGCCUGCAUCCGCACUGACGACGGCGUUCGUCGUCCUCCCUCGUUUACCGGAACGACAGGGUUGAUCUCGGUCGCGGUUUGCGCAAACUCGUCCACGUUAUUAUGUACGGUACAUAUUACCUAGAACUCUCAAAAAUUUCGUUUACGCAGGAAAAACGACGUUCUCGAUGCGCCACGGUAAUAUAUUAUUAUAAUCGCAUUUGACGGGACUGGGAAUUUUUGAUUUUUUUUUUUUCUGGGUACAGCGUGUGUUCCACGUAGAUAAUAAUGACCUUUUAAUGAUCAUUGCAACAUCUUGGAAAUAUUGGAAUAUUAACUUUUUUUCGUGAUUUUUUUUUGCUUUUCUAACAAUUUAAGAAACAAGUAGCUCUAAAAUGUUGCAUAACAAUUAUUUGUUGACACCCUUAUUCUGGGAGGUGAACUCAGCUAUCUAGGAUACGUUUGAUUUUCAAAUAGCAAUCUAUAAUAUAAAUUCCACAAAUAGACGGAGUAUUUGUUUUAGUCAAUUACGGAUCUAGAGCAAGGAUCUAGAGGGGAGACCCAACCAUUUUUUUACAAUACAAAUACAAUUACAAUGUCUAUGAUUCUAAUUUAUAGUAUCAUAAUAGUUUAGUUAACUACAAUCUAUUUGUGAAUGUCCGGACCAACUUUGUUCGAUACGUUGCGCACUCUCAUGAUAUUAAUAAUUAACACGUGAUUGCAAAACUACAAUGCUGGAAUCACAGUCCACAGAUAUGUAUAAUAUAUCAUAUUAUCAUACAUAUCUGUGAUCGAAAUAUAGUAAUAUCAGGAUCUAUAGAAUUAUAAAAUAAAAAUUGGAGAGAUAAUAUCUCUGAUGGGGGCAAUAGGCCCACCCUGGAUCCGUCCCUGGUUUAAAUACAUUUUGGUGUUGACUUUUUUGAUUUCCGUUAACGAAAUCUCCCCUUUUAAGUUUGGUUAGGAGGAGAGUAGCGGAGCACUGUUCAAACGCCACGCUCUGUGUUACCACAUAAAGUAUGAUGCUCCAUUACUCUCCUCUUACCCAAACUUAAAAGUGGAAUAUCUUGUUAACGGUACUUAAAUUAUGAUUUUAGCACGCAAUUCUGAAUUAUCGAUAAAAUUUGAUCAUAAUUAUAACCGAAAGUCAUUAUUACAAAAAUAUUAAAACAAAUUUAAAAACUCUAUAAUAUAUUUAUUUUUUAUAUAUAAUAUGUAAAUAUAAAAAAGUAUUUGGAUUAUAUUUUUAUCAUUAAAUUAUUGAUUUAAAUCGUGAUUAGAUAGACUAAAAAGUAAAAUAAAAAGUAUUUGUAUUAUAAUUAUGAUGUAUCUGUAUAUUAUAUAUAGAAACUGACUGACGAACUGAUCUACUAGUAAGCAGCUGGGAUUAGAAAUAUAACAUUUUUACAAUAGCUACAUUUUGUGCCUCAACCAUCCAGUAUAAAAUGAUUUUUGAACUCCAGCCCUAAGAGAACAAAAUAGGCAAUGAAAGUUUGUAGAGAAAUUUAUCAGUUUUGAAAUUAUAAAUUGAAAAUUCCUUAUAAUAGAAGUACCAUUUUCAAAAGAUAAAUCAUAGUUAUAAAAUAAUUUUAAAAUAAAGCUUCGGCCUUUCUAAAAAAUGUCACUUAAAAUCCUCAGAGAUAAUUGUUGGUUCAUGAUAAAAUUAUUACUCUGUAUUUAGUGGAGAUGAAAUCCUUAAGGAAAUCUACCGAUCGUCUUCUUUCCUACUGAUAUCCGUCACCUACUCAAAUUUUGUAUUAAUUUUUACCAAAACGUGUUACAGCUCAAAUAUGUUGGUAAAUAUCUAUAUAUAAAGCAAAUUAUUACACGUACCUAUACAACAAUAUUGUUGAAUUAUUUUUUUCACCUGUUUAUAUAUUUGUAAUGCAUCCCAAAAAAAAGCCAAGGAAAAACGACGGACAUACUUCGCACGAUGGCCACUGUUUUAGAUGAUAAGUUGGGAAGAUAGGAUAAAUAGAAGGAAACUUAAUGUAUACAUGUAUACAUGUAUCUGUACGCAACGUAACGAUUAAUCAUUGCUAACGAAAAAGGAUUCUGAGCAGGGAUAUUUUGAAAGGCGUAAUAUUUACGAUUUUCGUCAAAACUUGAUACUAAAAUUCUUAUAAAAAAAAUUUUAUAUUACACUCAAUUUAAUUUGUUUUAAUUACAAGGUACGACUUAUAAUGAAAGUCCUAUUAAAUUUUCAAGCAUUUCUCUUUGGUCCAACAAUAUUUUUCACAGAGGACACACCGAAUAAAAAUUACGUAAAAAAUUCGCAUUAUUAAAAUGUUUUAAAAUAGCUUAAAAAUAGCUAAAAAUGUUUGAAAAUUUUCCAAUGUCUAGUAAAGACAAAUAUAGGUUUCUCGAUCAAAUUUUAAGUCUACAAAUAUUUUUAACUGAACCACAACAAAAAAUUAAAAAUUAAAUACAAUAAAAUUCGUAAACUUCCCUGUUUUCCUGCGUUUUUUUCCGGUUUUUCUUAAAUAAAUAUGAAAAUCGCUUUGAAAAUUAAAACAGUAUCGCCCAGAUAAAAUUUCCUUUCAGAAAAAAUCAGAGCCAGAUUUCUGAUAGAAUAGUUGUUUAGAAAUAAAAAAAUAAAUAAACAAACAAAAUCAUUGUAAAACCAAUACACUCUAAGAAAUCUUCGCUCAGAAUCUAAAACAAACAUGAAAAAAAAUAACAACGGAAAAUAAGAUUUAAGGAAAAGAAAAUUUAAACUAAAAAUUGGUUAAUUAGUAAUCAUAGUUGUAAAUUACUAAUUUAAAGAUUUUAAAUUUUUGUUUUUUUACCAACAACUAUUUGUAUUAUAUUCCCGUAUAAAACACAAUACCCGAAAGAUAAAAUAUUAUAAAAUGGUGAACUUGGUCUAAUUUUGCAUUUUAGCGCACCAGUAUUAUUUAUUACCCUUCAAAUACAAAAAGUGCAGUUAUAUUAUGUACGAAAAAGGUCAUCAGCAAAUCAAGGUGAUCCGUGACUUAUCAGUUAUCACUUAUUAGAAAUUGAAACUUAAUCCGUAGUGUCAAAAGGUUGAAAGUUGGAAACAUCGCUGUAUAUAAACCGUAAUAUUUCAUUAUAUUUUAUAUUUUAUAUAGGUGUUAACAACGAAACGUUACGCGCGUUAUUUUCUCACUCAGUCGUUACCUGUAAUAAUUAUUAUGGUUUGAUGAUUUAUUUUGUAUAAGCUCCGUGGCUAGUUCUUGUAUUUUUUUUUUCUUCAUCAUGUUGAUGUAAUGACGUUAUUAUUUUGUUUGUGUGGUAUAUCGUAUAGGUACGGCAGUUGGUCUAAUAGAAACGAAAUGAUUUCUUUUUAUGAAUAAUAAAUCAUUGUUUAUUAUAAUGUAUUAACGGCUGCGCGUGUAUUAUUAUUCAUAACCCACCGUCGACCAUUGUUAACGGAACGAUUUCAUCCGAUAAGACAAUCACAAUAUAAUAUUCAUCUAAUCGUGCAGAGAGAUUACGGCGGGGGCGUAUGUACCUACCUACUCGUAUGAAUCGUAAGUACGCUGCGAUAACGAACAGGCCAUCGCAACGAUGGCAAUGGCGUACCGAGAUUACCUGUAAGUCCGUCACAAAUAAUUGGGUGAUAACAUUAACUUGUCACUUUAGUUGGAAAAGUAGGUAUAUUGUAUACAGAGUAUUUUAGUUUAUAUAAUGUAAACAACUGUAAAUAGUUGUGAACGAAAAACAAAAAGACAUCCUAGGAUAAUGGGAACGGGCGCAGCCACUGUUAUAGGUAAUUAAAUGUAUACCUGUAAGCAACGAUUAACCGUUGAUAACGAACAAACGACACUUCCGUCAUCAGUCAUAACCCGAAAUGUAGGUAUGAGAUUUAAAGACGUCGUUCAUUGAUUUAGAUUUUUCAAAGAACAUUCUCGGGUCCUCUUUUUAUAUGACUCGCGCAAAUUUAUUACCUACUUAAAAAUAUUAAUACUUGAUCAAAAUAGUCAAAUCAAUACCGUCGAUACUACGUACUAAUUAUCAUUAACAAAUUCGUCAUAUUUUCUAAAUAAAUUUAUGUUUCCGUGUUUUACUUACUAGAAUAUUGCAUCAAUGUUAGACUUGUUGACACAUUAUUUUUUCAAUACAUUUUUGUUGAGAAGUUCUAUAAAUACACUCAUAUUGAUACGCCACUGCCACAUUAUCACAUUUCCUAUAUUAAUAACCAUAUAGCAUAACCGUUCAUUUCGUUUGGUUAUGAUUUUUCAAUAACCUAUAACCAAAGUAAUAACAAAAAUCGCCAAAACGAAAUGUUUAUAAAAUACAGUAACCAGGUUACAUUUGGGAUGCGUUUGUGCUGCUCGCUUAAAUGCUUAUAAGCGCUUAUCAGCACCACCGCACCGAUCGGUUUGGCAUUUUGAUAGCGCUCAAACUACAAUUAUGACGUCACUGAAUCUGAACGUCAUCGAUCCGCGCUCACAAACGCUUAUCCAUCGAAGUAGAACAGCAAACGCUCACAAGCUCACAAGCUAAUCAAAUGAUAAUAGAUACACCGAAAUAAGUAAUAACUCUUUGACUAUAUUUUCAACUAAUAAUAAAUUAUUAUUCUUUGUAGAAUUCAACCAAGCUGUUUAGACUACGAUUUAUAUAAAUUUAUAGAAAUAAAAAUGUUUGAAGUACGUAACAUUUUAACAAUUUUUAAAAUAACUGUUAGUCGUAACAAUAAUUAUAGUACCCGGUGAUAUCAAUUAACAGCUGAUAAUUAGGAUGAUCGUACAACCAAUAUGCUUAUAUUUACGUUCAUCUUGAGAUCCACCUAUGCUAAUUAGCUAUAUAUCUAAACGAACUGUUCAUGAGCUUGAGCGUUGACAUAAGCACCGUAAGCAUAUAAGCAAAGUGUACAUUGUCAGAGAACCCAAUGGAAAUCCUAUUCUCCAAUUGUCUCUAAUCUCAACAAGAUAAAAAUUUCAUUAUCAGUUAUCAGUAAUUAUUUUUAAAUGUUUCUUCAGUUUGUAAAAACUAAAAGGUGUUUUGUUUGAUUAUAAUAUGACUAUUAUUAAAAUACCGUACAUAUUAGAUCAAAUAUAACAUGUAUAGAAUAAAUAAUUGUUUUAGGUAGUUAGGUUAGGUACAUAUUAAAUUUAAUAUCAAAUUAUUAUUUCAGGAUAAAAUAUUGUUUCAUAAUUAAAUAAAUUAAUCCAUAUGCUGCACGAAAAAUUAAAACACGAAGAAUACUCAUCAAUUGAAAAUAAAUAAAUUACAAAAUUUCAGAUACACAUGGCAUUCUUACAUAACUAUGUUUGCUCUCACAAUUUAGCUGUAUGUAUAAAUCACAAUACUUUGUUUUCAUUGUAUGUUGUAACUUCAAAAAAAAAAAAACAAAUUUUAAUAGAAUUAAUUGUUCAUCACAUCAAUAAAUAAUACAAUUUAAUGUAACUGAUCAGUUUUUAAAAAUCAAAAUAAUCAUAAAAACCUAAAUAAAAAUAUGAAUUAAAAAUUCAAGUCUUAGUAUCAUGCAAAAAAGAAAAUAACAUCAAUAAAACACAAAACACUUUUUACUAACUGAUAAUAAUAAAAUUGUUAUCUCAUUGGGAUUAGAGCCAAUCGGUGAACAGGAUUUCCCUAAGGUUCUCUAACAAUGUACGCUUUACUUGCAUGCGCAUCGUAAACGUCUAAGCAUGCUACACGAACGCAUACCUAUUAUUUUUGUAGUUAUUCAUGAAAACACGCCUAUUGUCAAUAAAGGAUAAACAAUAAUAAUGUAUUGAUAAUACUGGGUUAGUGGGUUAUCACAAAUUUUUGGUUAUCACGAUUCACGAACAACCUGAACAAUAUUUGUAUUAUAGUUAUGACGUUUAGGAACAUUUAGUAAAAAUUAAUAACUCAGAGUGAGUGACUUAUCUGUUGCAAUAUAUUUUUAUAAUUUUAAUAUUUUUAUCAGUUAAUUAAUAUACACAUGGAUAAUAAAAAAAUAAUCUAAAUUUUUUAUUUAAAUCUAAUUCUCGAAAUAUAAUGGAGUCGUCUACUAUUUAAAUCAUAUAAAUAUAUUGGGCAAGAUUUUUUUAUAUCAUUUUUACUCUAAAAAAUUCUUUGUAAUAUAUAUCUAAUGAUCUGAAUAUAUUUGUGAGUUAUAUUCUUUGGUUUUUAGUUCUCAAUUUUUUUUUUUAAAAUAAUAAUAUACUCUGAUUCAAGUAUUCAAUCUAUUACAGUGUUUAAAUGGCUCACGUAAGUACAAGUGAAGCUGGUAAGUGUGAAAGAUUACAAAAAAAUCUUCUAAACUCGGUGAAACAAUGCCAAAAGCGAUUUGGUGGUUCUUCUGAAAUAGCAACUGAAUCUGAUCAGGAAGUUGCCAAUUUGUGCCACUGCAUUGAAUCCAUAUUGAGCCACGGACUAAAAUCUAUUCAAACAGAAGACACGUAAAAAAAUAAAACUUAUUAUUUUCUUUAAGUACUUUUCAUUUACCUGUUAUGGUUUCAGAAGUUCAUUGUUGAAACGACAAGUGUCAAAAAUAGUUACUGGCCUUUCAGAUGGAGAUAAAAGCCAUAAACGCCUUGUUCCAUUUUGGUAUUUUAUUAAGGAAAUCUUAAAUGCACCUGAAAUUCAACGUUUUGAUUUGUUAACAAAUGUUAGAAAUGAUUACGGCCGAGGAAAAGCUUGGUUAAGAGCUUCCAUAAAUGAACGAUGCCUUGAAAAGUACAUGCAUUUAUGUAUAAACAAUGAAACACUUAUCAACCAAUUUUAUGAAAAAUGGGCUUUUAUGAGUAACAGUGAAAAAAAUUCUAUACUUCCUAAUACAGCUGCUGGUUAAUAAAAUGUCAUAUUCUAUUCAAUUAUAUAUGAAGAACAUGAUGUUUUCUUUUCUUCCAGGUUUAUCGUCAAUAGUAUUUGCAUUGAGCAUAGACAAAUCUGAGUUUAAUAAAGAUGUUCUAGAUUUAACAUUUAAUGAACCAAUAAUUUUUGGAGGUAAUAUUUUAUUUGUAAUAUACCUACCUAAUGGAUUAAUUUUUUUCUGAAAAAUAACUUAUUUAAAUUUAAUUUUUAAGAUAAAUUUGAAAUUAUUAAAAUAGGGCCAUAUGUUAUCUGUAUAUAUGUGUGUAGAGAUAACACUCCCUAUUGUAUACAUGCUAAUCCGACACCAGUAGCAUGUGAUAGUGAAAUUGGAGACUUACGCCAGGUGUAUUCGGUUGUCAUAUAGCCGACCGCAUAUACUGUAUUAGAUUGGUGUUUAAAUAAAGUUUUACAUUUUUAUUUUACAAGUGUUACAUAUUUUCCUUGUCACUUCUCUUUUCUGGGUAUAUAAUGAAAAUAAAAUAAUUUUGAUUAUAAUAUCACAAAUUUAAAACUUUAUUAGGAAAAAUGAUUUAAGGGAACCAAAUAAACAUCCUUUUUAUGCAAAUUUUUUUUAUCAAAAAAGUAAUGUUGCCUUUAAAUUUUAAUUGAUAAUAUGCUAAUCCAAAAAUAUUCAUAUGAAUUUAUUUUAAUGAUUAUAUUAAUAAAUGUUUAUUAACUGUUUACUUGCUAAUUAUUUUUGUUUAUAUUUUAUAGAUGGUGAUUUGCUAUUAAAAAAAGAAAAUGGUGGAAAAAUUAAAAAAAUUAAGGCAAAUGUAAUCAAUUUCGAUCAAAAUUUAGAUGAUAUUCAAACUGCUGAAGAAGUUAAAUCUGAUGAAGAUGUUUUAUUAGCUAGUGGAAAUGAAGCAGCAGCAGUUACAAAUUCAUAUGACAAAAUUGUAAUAUUUAUACUGCAAAUGUUUAAAUUAUUAUUGAAAAUAAAUUAAUUCAUGUAUGAUUUAAUUUUUAGACAGGUUGUUUUAUUGGAGAAUUUGAUGAUUUGCCAACAACUGAAAAUGAGCUAGAAAAUAGGUUAUAUUUUAAAACAUUUUAUUAACUAUGUAACAAAGUGAAAAAUUAACAAGUGUAAUUGAAAAUAAAUCAUAUAAUUUAAUUUAUGAAUUAGUUUACAAAUAUAUUAUUUAUUAAAUUUGUUUAAAUUGAACUAAACCUACAAGCCAAUUUUAAAAAUCUUAAUUACUAGUCAAAAUUUAAAUAAAUUAAUGAAAUUAAUAAAGUUCAUAAAUGAGUUUAACCAUAAAAUAUGUUUUAUUAAAAUUAAUUAGUUUGCCAUUUACAUUAUGCAAUUCCUUAAUAUGUAUUUUGAUAUUAAUAAUUUGUUGUUAAAAUAUAACAUAUUACACACAAUAUAUUUGUUUAAAAAAAAAAACAAUUUUAAUAAUACAAUGUUUUAUUCAUAUUUUAGGUUAAGAAAACUAAGUCCAAUAAAUGAAAUAACAGAAGUUUAUGAAGUUUUUGUACCUGUAAGCUCGAUAAGUCCAUCUUGUGACACAGGUAUUUACAUUUAAUUUGUUAAUUGGUUCAUUUAUUUUAUAUGUAUAAAUUGAUAACUAGUUUUGAAUGAGUAAUUUAAUUUUAAUAUAUUGUGUAUAUUUUGUGUUCUUAUUUAAUUUAUUAUAUGUUAAUAUUAACAUAAUAAUAUCCUAUUUGUAAUUUAGAUGAUGAAUCCAAGUCUUUAGAAUCAAAUGAAGACUGUAAUAGUUUACAUAGAUUUAACGAAUCAAAAGAUCAAAUUUUAAUCUUGGAAAAACAAUAUAAAGAAAAAAUAAGUGUACUUGAAACUAAAAUUACUGAUUUAAUUCGGUUAGUACUAUGUAUAUUAUAACAUAUUACAUUGAUUAGAAGAAUAUUAAAUGCUUAAAAAUUAAAUUUUGUAUAACAUAAUAAUUACACAAACGGAACUCGCCCUAUACUUAUGGCAAACUAUACUCUCUAUGUCAAAUGUGUUUGACUUACUUGCUGUAAACCUUACUCAUUUUCUACUAAAUUUAAAUAAUUAUUCAUAUAAUUGUUUUUGUUUUUUUUUUAGUGAAAAUGAUCUAUUAAAACAUCAAUUGCGAAAAUAUGUGAGUGCAGUGCAGUUAAUGAAACAAGACGAAAAUGAAAGUGAAGAAACUAAAUUAUAUCAACAAAAAUUAAUUCAAGUUUGCAAUUAUUUUAUUUUAGCUAUCAAACCCACAUAGUUUUGAUUUAUUGAUUUAUUAGGUGGCUGAAAUGCAUAGUGAAUUGAUUGAAUUAAAUGAUCGUUUAUACAAGCAAAUUGUAGUUAAAGAUAAUUGUAUUAUGAAAUUAAGAACAGAAUUAGUUUCUCUGAGAGGCCCUUUACCAUCAGAUGAAAUACCUCACACUAAUAUUCACUUAUGGGUUCCAUCGGCAUUUUUAGUUGGUCGAAUGAAUGAUCCUCAUCAUGUAUACCAGGUAUAUGUUUGCAAAGAGAUUAAUACAUUUCGUUCAUUAUUAUUUUUUUUUUUUUUUUAUAAAUUGGUCUAUGUUAAUAGAUUCAUGUACGUAUUUUAAAUGAAGAAUGGAAUGUAUACCGAAGAUAUUCACAGUUUACAGAAUUUCAUAAACAACUUAAAAAACAAUAUAAUGUAAUAUCAACAAUUCCUUUACCGCCUAAAAAAACUAUUGGAAAUAAGGUAUAAUAAUUUACAUAAUUAAGAAGUUUACAGACUAAUUGUGUUAUGUGAAAAUGUAGUAAAAUAAAUUUAACUCAAUAACUUGUAAAUAUGGUUUUAUCCUUACAAAAUGGUAAUUUAUAGAUAUCUCAAACUCGAUAAUGGUUAAAUUAGGUCAUCAUCUCAUAUUUUAUAAUAACCACUAUGCGCUGGUUUAAAAACAAUAUUACAAUAAAUUAACAAUGGAAAUAUAUUAAUUUAAAUAACUAGAGUGUUGAAUGGCCCUGAUAUUGUAAAUGGUUUUUAACUAAAUUUUGAAUUUAAAAACAAAUAUUACUUAUUUCUAUCAUAUUCAAAUAAGUAAUGAUAUUAUCAAAAUUUCAUGAAAAAGAUUUUUGAAAGUACCAAAAAUUAAAAUAAACAAUCACAAAUCAAGUUAUACUGUUAGUUUUAAUACUACAGAGAAUUGGACCAUUACCAAUCUUAAAAGUAAAAACAUUAUCUAUGCCCCUAUGUCAGUGUUGUUUCAAUGUUGUUUAAUUUUAAUUUUAUUUACUCAUUUUUCGACCCCUUCAAACACUUUAUUAUACAAAGAAUCACAUGAUCUGAUACUUGAAAUAAUUUUUUUAAUACAUUAUGCCCUUGUGUUACAGUCAAUAUAUUUAUAUUUUUUUUUUUUAGGUUUUAAAAUAAAAAAUAAAAAAUAACCAUUUUUUAAAAUAGAUUUUUGAUGGUUAAACUAAUGUUUAAAUAUAGUUUUUAUACAUAUAAUUAGAUUUACAAUUUUUUGAAGUGUAAGUAAAUGUGAAUUGUGGAGUUCGUCAUUUAUGAGUAAUAGUCACAGUCCAUACAAUGAUAAUAUUAUUGUAUUAUAUUAACUUGUAGAAAAUAAAACCCUUGUAAUUCAAAGUGCUCUUACUACUGAUUAAAUGUUAUAAUAUUUGAUAGAUUAUAAACCACAAUAAUAAUUAUUACAUUUUCGAAAACUUCAAAAAUUUUAGAAAAUAAAAGACCAUACCUAAACAAAAAUUUCAACCAUUAAAAGUUGUCUAAAAAUCUAUUUUAUAUAUUUUUAAACAAAUCGUAGUAAAAUUUUCAGUUUUUUUUAUUUUAAGAUCCUCCACCAAAAAUAAAAUUGCCAUAUUGUAACUAUAACACAGAGCCACCAAUUAUUUAAAAAUAUUGAAUAGAACCAAAGUUACUUCAAGUAUGUCAGAUCAUUUUGGUACAUCUGCAUAACAUAAAAAGACCAUUUUUCUUAAUUUUGACAGACCCUUAACUAUACCUUGCAUCCCACAGAAAACCACUGGUCUGAAAUUUCAUAAUAGUCUGUAAAAACAACCUUACUGUUAAUUAGGUUUCAGGCAAUAGAUCAGUGGAAAAAUCAUCUUCAAAAGGAAAAAAAUAAUUUUCAAAUUUUACUUACAAAAUCAGAAAAAUCACUUACAAUCUCUUUAAUAAAUAUAAAAUAAGAAAUAAUUAAAUAAUGCAGGUAAAAAUAUUUACAAAAUUCAAGUUAUUUAUGUUUCCUUGGGUUUUUAAUUUACCAAAACAAAGCUAUUUAAUGUUAAAUAAUCUGGUUUUUAUUUAAGAGUUUUAUUCAUUUUUAUUUAGACAUCUGUUGAGCUCGUUUUAUAACGAAUACUUAAAAAAUAUAUAACAAUGUAAAUAUCACCUCAGUACUAAAUUGUAUCUUUUAUACUGCGUAGUAAUUAAAUGUAAAUAUUUAAUGUUUACUUUUUGCUGAAAUAUUUGCUAUGCCACUGGUUUAUUAUAUGAUUAUAUGAUUGUUGGAAUUUUGUAUGAUAUUUAUCUUGAAUGAUCUACUAUAUUGAUUCAUAGCUGAUUUUGCGCUGUUUAACUAAAUUUAAUGAUUAUUAGUUUGGUAAUAGCUCAUCAUACAAAAUUUAAAUACUUUUUUUUUUACAAUCAAUAGUAAGAUAAUUCAAAUUUUUAUGAAUUUCAUUGUAUAGAAUUCAUGGCGUAGGUACAUUUUUUAUGCACUUGGUCAUAAAAUGGAUUCAAAAUACUGAUUUUGUUUAAUAGUGCUUCUUCAAUGUUAAAAAUGUCUUUCAUUUAAAAUGAUACAGUUUAUUUAGAUUAAUUAUAACCAUUUAUUUAUUUUGUGAAGUAAAUAAAAGUAGUGACCAUCACACACAAAUUAUUAAUGUACUACAUCAAUGAUAAUACCACAUAAUUAAAUUAAUCAGAUGUAAUUUGAAUUUUUACAACUUUUAUUCAAUUUAAAUUUAAAAAAUAAUAUAUUUAUUUAAAUUAUUAAAGGGUGCCAACUUUGUUGAAGAAAGACGAAAGAAACUACAAAUUUAUCUUAGGCAGAUAAUGAACUUUUUAAUUACAUUAAAUCGAAUAUUGAUCAAUUCUCCAAAUAAGUAUAAAUUAGUCAGCCUAGUACCAUUUUUCAGGUAUUUCUUUUUCUACAUUUUAUUUUAUUAGUAAUUAUUUAUAUAAACUAAAUUGAAUGAAAUUAAUUUAAAAUAAAUUGUUUUCAGCGAACAAUAUAAUCAAAGUCAUGAUGGCAAACGGGCGUGGUUAAAUUUGGGAUGCUUGAUGCCUCAAAAUUCUGUAGUAGAUUUAAAUAGUUCUCAACUUCAAUAUACUGGUUUAUGACAUACACCUCUUAUUCAUAUUGUUUUAUUAAUAUUAUUAUUAUAGCUAUAAUUGUGUAUAAUUAUUUAUAUAUUAAAUGUCUGUGAUUUAUAACAAAAAUUAUUUUAUCUAUCCAAUUAAUUUUAGGUUUAUAUGAAAAAACAAGUUAUAUAUUUUUUUAUUUGAUGAUACAUUUAUAAAUCAUCAUAAUUCUUAUAUUAUAGUCUCUAGAUUUGUAUGUAUAAUUUAUUAUGGAACUAUUGAAAUAUCAUAUAUUUAUAUAAAUUGUUUGUUAAUAAUAUUGUUAAUUUUCAUAAUAAAAUUGUAGUUUUUUUUUGCUAUCCUUGGGACGUUAAAUUUGGAUUUUUUGGCUGUCUGUCUAACGGGCAACAUUGCAAAAAUAUAUUUAGUUACUUUCAUUAUAGUACUAAUUUCUUGUUUGUUAUAUAAACUUCA